AUGAACUACUUGACCGCCAUUUUCUAUCCAUCUCCAAGGUCGUACUCUUUCCAGAGCGACAUCGAUCCCUAUUCCCCGGCGUCAAGCCGGCGAAGCACAGGAUUUUCGUCCACAUCAUCCUCCUCUACGUAUAGACGAAUCUACGGCGAAGAACAAAUGAUCGAAGGACGUUAUAUUGACAGGAGGAAGCUGCAGGAGCUUUUGAAGGAUAGAUUUGGUCACCAAUACAGGCUGCAGAUGCGGUCGAACAACUACCGACUGUAUGCUGGAAGACGAUUGAGCGAAGAGGAGAUUUUAAGUUGUUGUUAA